AAUCGAGCUGUUCCACACAAGUUAGAAGCUCUAGUAAAAAUUAGCUUGUUUAUAGAAGACCGCGACAGUGAGGCAACACUGGAAGAAGCUCUUGCCAUCAUAGAUUCCUUCGACCUCGAAGACGCUAUUACAAGUGAUAACAGUGAUUCCCCUCAUCUGGAAGUUUCUGAGGAAGACAACGCUCGGAGCCACACAGCAACCAAGAAGAUGAAGAAGCGGAAGAGUUCCAACCUAAGUUCAUCAACACGGCUACAACAACGGAAGAAGGCUGAGCUGCUGUAUCUGCGGCGCCACAUCCAAGAAAUGGAGGAAUAUAUCGAGCAACUGAGGACCCAGUGUCUUCAGGAUAUCCCCCGCAUGAAGUCAGAAUGCGUGAAGGAUGGAAGGGCGUCUUGGAUGGAACUAGCCAGCUUAAGCUAUCAAGCACGACUUCAAUCAGAAGAAACGAACCGAGGUCUGAAAGCGAUCAUGGCCACCCAGGCGCAAGUGAGUGAGUCGCUGCGUGGGAUCAUACAGAUGCAAGUCUCGUUCCAGGAGGACGAUGCCGUAUACACCGAGGCGUUGUGAUGACGGCAACACUGGAAUUGAUGCAACUAACAAACCUACAACUUGUAGGCUACAAGCUGUAGAUCUUACUCUGUGAAAAGGCGAAUACUCAUUGAUAUCGACUUUCUGUAGGAGGAAAGAAAAGGUUAGGCUCGUCAAGAAUAUGGCAAGUAUUUCUGUACUAAGGUUAAUCGUAUUUGCAGC